GGCUGGUACAAACUACAGUCUCACACAUAUUUCAGUUCAGACCUCUGGACACACACUGCUGUCAUCUGUCUGCUGCUGGACCACCUGUCUCACUUUCAAAUCAACUGUAUUUCUUUGUACACUUGUUCAUCUGUUUGUUUCGGUGUUUUUGAAGCCGUUCUUCUUCAUUCAACUUAAGUUGGACAGCAACACACAAAAGUUGCGACUAGGGGAAGACAUUAAUACACAUAAAACAACUGGAAGACACUUGAACCGGUGCAACCACCUCUCAUCUUCGGCUGCUGGCCGCUGAGGUUCACUGGAAGGGGAAGAAAUGCCUUGCUCAAAGGCAGCUCAGUAAAAACUCCUGAGGGAGAGGAGAGCAGCCGCUUUACCAACUUUGUCAAGAUUUUCUCAGGACUACUGUGAUUCCCUGCCUCUUACUCCUAAAUCAGGUGAGUCUCUUACCUGCAAAGUGACUGCUGAGAAUAAAUCUGAGCUGAGCCUGUGAUCGGUCAUGGCAGACUGGAGCCUGCUGGGAAACUUCUUGGAGGAGGUACAAGAGCACUCUACCUCUGUCGGCAAGGUGUGGCUGACCAUCCUGUUUAUCUUCCGUAUCCUGGUGCUCGGUACUGCUGCCGAGUCAUCAUGGGGAGACGAACAGGAAGAUUUUGACUGUGACACUGAACAGCCGGGUUGCGAGAACGUUUGUUACGAUCAAGCUUUCCCUAUCGCACAUAUACGAUACUGGGUGCUCCAGAUUGUGUUUGUGUCCACUCCAAGUCUGAUCUACAUGGGCCACGCCAUGCACACUGUUCGCAGAGAGGAGAAGAGGAGGAGCAGAGAGGAGGAGGGGGGAGGGAGGGAGGAGGACCCAGGAGGAGGUGACGGAGGAGGAGGAGGAGGAGGAGGAGGAGGAGGAGGAGAAAAACAGGGGAGGGAAGGAGAGGAGGUUGAAGGAAAUGAGAAAAGCGAAGGUCCAUCAGCAGGUCGAAUCCGUCUGAAGGGAGCGCUGCUGAAGACCUACAUACUGAGUAUUCUGAUACGAAGCAUCAUGGAGGUGGUGUUUCUGUGUCUCCAGUACUUCCUAUAUGGAGUCUUCCUCAAUCCUCUGUAUGUCUGCAAGGCCUGGCCGUGUCCACAUCCAGUGAACUGUUAUGUCUCCAGACCGACAGAGAAAAACAUCUUCAUAGUGUUCAUGUUGGUUGUGUCGGCUGUCUCUCUGGUCCUCAGUGUGCUCGAACUGCAUCACCUGGCAUGGAGACGCUGCUGCAGGCAGUUCUUCACAGAGAAGGCCGUCACUCCUGCCAAUGCUUUGCUGGCGCGACAGCUCUCUCUGUCUCCUCCACCGCCGUCAACCCCCCCUCCAGACUUCAGCCAUCGUGUGAUUGGCUCCUCACACUUCAUGCCCCUCCCUUUCCCUAACCACCGUCUGGCUAACCAACAAAACUCUGAGAACAUGGCCACAGAGAAGCACAAAAUGGCCGUCGCUGUGGAGGGGGUAAACGUCCUCCAGAUGAGCUGCUACCCUCCCGGGUGGCAGGGCGCUAGUAAUAAUCAGAUCCAAGAUGGCGGAUACCUGACGACCGAUACUAACUGCUACAGCCCUGGGAGCAGGGAGAUCAGCUGCCCUAAGAUCCUAAAUGGCGGCCCAGACGAGCUGUUGCUUUGCCCAAAUGGAGGGCUCUGUCAGACAGACAAACGAAGAUUCAGCAAAACCAGCAGAACCAGCAGCCGCACUAGAGCAGAUGACCUCUCUGUUUAGAAAGAAAGACGAAACUGAUGAGUUCAGCUCCUCAUACACCUGCUACAUUACAUGCUGCCCAUUUAGCAUGAAUGCUAACUCUGUUUUUCUGCCAUUAAAAAGAGUGAAACUCCA